GGAGAGUCCGAGUGGGUGGCGGGAGGGGAAGGGCGGGAGAAGAAAAAGGUGGGAGGAGAGCCAGGUGGGAGGGUGGCGACUCACUCAGGACCCAGUGGGGGCAGCGCGAUGAGGCGGGUGACCCUGUUCCUUAACGGCAGCCCCAAGAAUGGAAAGGUGGUCGCGGUGUAUGGAACUUUAUCUGAUUUGCUUUCUGUGGCCAGCAAUAAACUCGGCAUAAAAGCCACCAGUGUAUAUAAUGGAAAAGGUGGACUGAUUGAUGAUAUUGCUUUGAUCAGGGAUGAUGAUGUUUUGUUUGUGUGUGAAGGAGAACCAUUUAUUGAUCCUCAGACAGAUUCCAAACCACCUGAAGGGUUGUCGGGAUCUCACACAGACUGGCUAACAUUAAAUGUUGGAGGGCGGUACUUUACAACUACACGGAGCACUUUAGUGAAUAAAGAACCCGACAGUAUGCUGGCCCACAUGUUUAAAGAUAAAGGUGUCUGGGGAAAUAAGCAAGACCAUAGAGGAGCUUUCUUAAUUGACCGAAGUCCUGAGUACUUUGAACCCAUCUUGAACUACCUGCGUCACGGACAACUAAUUGUAAAUGAUGGUAUUAAUUUAUUGGGUGUGUUAGAAGAAGCCAGAUUUUUUGGUAUUGACUCAUUGAUUGAACACCUAGAAGUGGCAAUAAAGAAUUCUCAACCACCAGAGGAUCAUUCACCAAUAUCUCGAAAAGAAUUUGUCCGAUUUCUGCUAGCCACUCCAACCAAAUCAGAAUUGCGUUGCCAGGGUUUAAACUUCAGUGGUGCUGAUCUUUCUCGUUUGGACCUUCGAUACAUUAACUUCAAAAUGGCCAAUUUAAGCCGCUGCAAUCUUGCCCAUGCUAAUCUCUGCUGUGCAAAUCUUGAACGAGCUGAUCUCUCUGGAUCAGUGCUUGACUGUGCAAACCUCCAGGGAGUGAAGAUGCUCUGUUCUAAUGCAGAAGGCGCAUCCCUGAAACUGUGUAAUUUUGAAGAUCCUUCUGGUCUUAAAGCCAAUUUAGAAGGUGCUAAUCUGAAAGGUGUGGAUAUGGAAGGAAGUCAAAUGACAGGAAUUAACCUGAGAGUUGCUACCUUAAAAAAUGCAAAGCUGAAGAACUGUAACCUCAGAGGAGCGACUCUGGCAGGAACUGACUUAGAGAACUGCGACCUGUCUGGGUGUGACCUUCAAGAAGCCAACCUGAGGGGUUCCAACGUGAAGGGCGCCAUCUUUGAGGAGAUGCUGACACCACUACACAUGUCCCAAAGUGUCAGAUGAGGGUCCUCGAGCUGAAGCAAGAGGCCGAAGAUGGAAAAUGUUUUCCUUACCACUUUUCUUUCUCCACCCACUCAGUUGUCCAGAAGAAAUAACACUGUAAGGGAAUUAAAAAAAUUUAGAGGAUUAUGCUUGUUUUCAGUGGUGCGUAAAGGAAAAAAGUGACUUUUUCCCCCCACUUUCUGAUUUUAACAGAGAAGCACUCAUUUAAUAGACAUAGGGAAGCUAGAUGAGAUUGUUGCCUUUUGAGUGGAGUAGGGGGACCUGCCUGGCUUUGUGACCAGGAAUAUUAUCUAUUAUAUUUGCUUUUAAAUAGGCAUGAUGUGGAAAUACCAUCUUAAAUUUGAAAUGCAUUUGAGGAUUUUAAUUUAUGAAAAGCACAACUUACGCAAUUAUAUUUAUUGAAUCUCUAGAUGCAGUAUGGAUAUUUAAAUUGUUAAAUCUUAUGAAAAUUUUGAAAAGGUUGUUCAGGUUUAUAAAUAGCUUUAGUGAUGCCUACCCUACUUCGAAAUACCUGUCCCACCCCAUGAAUAAUGGUGAGAUCAGACUCCCCAAGGCUCUCUUUUCAGGUUCCUUUUUAUAAUUCAAAACAAAACAAAACAUUAGGAGUGCCCGUUGUCUCAGCAGCCGUUGUGUCUCAGCGGUAACAAACCUGACUAGUAUCCAUGAGGAUGCAGGUUCAAACCCUGGCCUCGCCCAGUGGGUUGGGGAUCUGGUUUUGCCACAAGGUAUGG